ACGCGCGCGUACGAUGCAUGAGCAGGUCACGGGUUUUCGCUAGAGAAACACGGCCGGCGGCCAUGCAUGCUGCGCGCGAGAGGCCAUAUAUAUAUAUGUAUAUCCACAACCGAAGGAAAGGGGAUUUUGUGUUAGUAUGACAUGUGCUCUUUAAUUUCGUUGCCGGUGGACGUACAAUACCUAGCAAAAAGGGCAACGUGCGCUACUCUGCUCCACUAACCUUAUCCCGAUCCCGAUUGGGUUAUUCACUUAAACUGCACAACCCGUUUUGGGCCAGUACACUGCUAUGCGUAUUUAAUCCUUGGCUUAGCAAUAGUAAGCUCUCGUUUCUCCCGCACGCACGCACGCAUUGAACACACACAGUAACAAAGAGACAGCCGCGUGCAUUAGCCCGGCACUAAACAUGAUGGAGCUCAACAACAGUGAGCAGGAUGAGCAUGAGGUAAACCUCGAGCUCACCCUGGCCCCGGCCGCGCCGCCGGAGCCCCGCGGCUUCUUCUUCUGCGUCUACUGCGACCGCAAGUUCCGCUGCUCGCAGGCGCUCGGCGGCCACCAGAACGGCCACAAGCUCGAGCGCAGCCUCGCCAAGCGCCGCCGGGAGAUUGCCGCCGCCACGCGCGCGCACGGCGCCGGCGCUCCUUCUGCCAGCGAUCUCCUCAUGCCUGCGGCCGGGAAGGCUGCUGCUGCUCCGGUGCGCGGCAUGGCGCGCAAGCGCGGCAGGAGCUUGUCGGAGCAUGGCUACGGAACCAUCGAGGGCGCCGACGAGGUGGACCUGUCUCUCAGGCUAUGAUCCAUCUGCUAGCUGAUUCGUUCCUCCCCACCUAUCCUGGAUCAAAUAAAUUUGUUUGUUCCAAGUUCAUCUGUGUGUUCGAUUUACAUGGUGUGUUCUUCAGUUUUAUUCUUCUAGUUAGUUUGUGUGAUCGAUGGAGUUCCAGAUUUGGCCAGAACAGUUUGUUUGGUGAUUUAAAUGGCACAAAGAUUUGGUAUGUUUCGUAUUCUUCCAUCUCUGAUUUGCUCUUGUUCUCUGAUUUGUUUCGGAUUUAGGAAGACAUAACCUUCGAUUGAAGAAGAAGAAGAAGAAGAAGAAGAAGAGAUUUUUGGGGGCCUUCUCCAAGAUUCAAAAUUGGGCAUAUCCCAUGCAUGUGUGAGAUUACUCUCGCUAUUUCAGAAAUAAAUAUCACAUUUAUGUAAUUCCCAAACUGGUGUAACUGAAAUAUGCUUUGAUUGAGUAACAUAACACUUAGUGCAACAGGCCAACAGCCCAAUUGCAGAAAAUUUACUGUAGUCAGAUGCAUAUACAGAAAGAAUGUACUUCAAGAUA